AUGGUUGAACUUUUAGAUUUGUAUUAUGAUGUCCUGAUACGUAUCCUGGAGGAGGUUGACCCUGUCGACCUCGCCUCUUGUGCACAAACUUCGCGGAGCUUCUACAACUUCAUACGAACCAACUCGCGGCUAUUCAAGACCCACUACUUGAAACAAUUCGAUGAUCCGCGGUGGAAACCGGCGGCUGCCGAGCCGGAAUGGAUAGUUGAGUUACAGAAGGUUGUUCGCCUACAAAAGAUCAUGGAGUCGGGAAAUCUGGAUGUUAAAAGCGAGAAUUUCGAGUUUGUCAAUGUAUUAACGAGCUCCUUGAUCGCAAGCGCAGCUUUACAGGAGCAUGACGGCGAGUCGCGAAACGUUUGUGAGCUACGCAAACUGCUUGCCAUUCCGGGGAAUUUAGACGCAUUUUUGUGCAAGUCAUCAUUGUAUGCCCAAGGAGGAACCUCCACACAGAAGGCAGCUUCUACAGAGGAAUAUCGCCAAUUGAGUGCCAAACUACAUUGUUACUACGGUAUUCCAAACACGGCCAUGGGAAGAAGGGCUCUAUCAACUCACCCGUACGCCCGAGCACGUGUCUACGAUCUUCGCAAAUACACAGAUCAGACUCGUUGGGGCCCAUUCCUCGCCGACGGAUCGUUGAGGGUGGACUGGGAGAUGAUCGAAGUUAUCAUGAUAGUCAUCGGAUAUAACUCAAGCAUGAGUUGUCGCCGAUUUAUGACACGGUAUCGACUACCGUGGUCGGAGCCGUUUGAAGGUGUCAUACACGAUCCCACGAAAAAGCAGCUACCACUUAAACAGCCGCCAAGUUUGGGGAUUCCCAAGACUUUGGACUUUCCACUCCGCUACUAUGAUCCUUACGGAGUCUCUGGUGUCUGGUCUAGAAUCGUCUGCUUUCUCGACUACAGUGACCUGUAUACCUUCAAUUUCAGUGAUGAGGCGAUGCUUCUCCCAUUGAGCGAGCCACGCGCUCCACUGACAACAGAAGAGGCUAUUCGACACAUCCUUAUGUGCCUUCGCGUUGACAGCAUUGAUGAGCCCGGUCCAGACGAUCACCCUUCCUACCCAGUGGUCAACUUCUCGGGUACGAGCUACGCAAUGGACGCAUCUUGGGACCCGCAUGCUAGCUCUAAAAUUCGGGGUAGUGCUCGAAUGACUAAACAUGGUGAUGUUCGGUGGGGUACCAUAAGUGUUUUUCAUGGCGAAGAAAGAUGGGCAAGCGAUGGUAUUCAAGUAGGAGGUAUUGGCAGUUCACGAGGGGUGAUUGGAACUUGGUUCGACAAGGACUUUGAUUUGCAUGGGCCAGCUGGUCCAACCGGUAUGUAUUUUGCGAUUCUCAUGUCUCUGCUGGUCCACAUUCAUUGA